GACAGACUCUGUGGAAGAAUUGACAAGAAUAACUUAUGUCUAUUUGGAGUGAUGGGGUUCAGUCAAGUGGCUGCAGUGCUGCUGUUGGUCGUGGUGUUUGGCUGUGUUAGUGAUGCUUGGAUCUCCAGAUGGUUUUAUCCAAGAUUGGGGUUUCUGCAUGACGAUGAAGUUUCAGCACAGUUUGACACUCAGAAUCCAGUGCAAGAAGACUCUGUGGGAGAGGACCCUGUGGGACAAGAACCUAGCGAGCCCGUUGUCGUUCCUGUGGGGCAGGAGCCCGGCAUCGAAACUAGCCAGGCUGAAGACCCUGAGAGCUUCCAGUCCAAGCAGACAUUUGAGAACCCUCUGACUUGGCUCUAUCCUACGAUUGAGAAACAUGUGCGCAAUUCUACAGCGUUUCAGCGGCUAAAGCAGGUGGCAGCCAACGGUGUGGUGGCUUGGUGUGGGAAAAGUGUGGUCCAUGUGGAGGUAAAACUUCUGGGGAUUGGCCGGCUCGUCCAGCCAGAGCGUAUCACUCUAGGAGGCUGUGCUGCCAUUGAGGAGGAUGCUGAAGCUCUUGUGCUCACAUUUGAAUCAGAGCUGCAUGGCUGUGGCAGUGAGCUGACGAUGACUGAGGAUGUGCUGAUCUACACCUUCAGUCUUAUCUAUGAGCCAAAACCUCUUGCUAACAUUUCUAUAUUGAACACCAGUAAAGCUAUGGUUGAUAUUGAGUGCCACUACUUGAGGAAUCAUGAAGUAAGCAGCAAUUCCCUGAAGUAUGCUGUAGAACCUAGCAAUCCUGUGGGCCAAGAACCUAGCCAGGUUGUUAUAAAGCCUGUGGUAGAGCCUGUGGGCCGGGACCCUAGCAUGGAGCCUGUGGGCCGGGAACCUAGUGAGCAGCCUGUGUGCCAGGAUCCGGUUGGAAAGACUGUUGGACAGGAACAUGGCAAGCUUUUUGGUGGGCUUUUGGGUCUAAAAACUAGCAAACCUGUGGGCCAGGCAGCUGGAGGGCAGCCUGUGGGCCAGGCAGCUGGAGGGCAGCCUGUGGGCCAGGAACCUAGCCAUCAGUCUGUUGGCAAGCCUGUAGGCCAGGAACCUAGCCAUCAGUCUGUUGGCAAGCCUGUGGGCCAAGAACCUAGUGAGCAUGUUGGAGAGCCUGUGGGCCAAGAACCUAGUGAGCAGCCUGUUGGCGAGCCAUUGGGUAAGGAACAUAGUGAGCGUGUUGGAGAGCAGCCUGUGGGCCAGGAACCAAGUAAGAUUUUGGGUAAUGAACUUAGCGAGCCUGUGGGCCAGGAACCUAGCGAGCAGCCUGUGGGUCAGGAACCUAGCCAGUCCGUGGCCCAAGAGCCUGUGGGCCAUGAACCUGGAGAGCAGCCUUUGAGCCAGGAACCUGUUGGAGAGCAGCCUAUGGGCCAGCCUUUGGGCAAAGAACCAAGUGAGCAUGUUGGAGAGCUUGUGGGCCAUGAACCUGGAGAGCAACCUAUGGGCCAGGAGCCUGUGGGUCAAGAACCUAGUGAGCAUGUUGGGGAGCCUGUGGGCCAGGAACCUAGCGAGCCUGUGGGCCAGCAACCUGUUGGAGAGCAGCCUGUGGGCCAGCAACCUGUUGGAGAGCAGCCUGUGGGCCAGGAACUUAGCCAGCAGCCUGUUGGCGAGCCUUCAGGUCAAGAACCUAGUCAGCACGUUGGAGAGCCUGUUGACCAUGACCCUUUGGGCCAAGAACCUAGCGACCCUGUGGGCCAAGAUCCUAGUAAGCGUGUUGGAGAGCAGUCUGUGGGCCAGGAACCAAAUGAGAUUUUGGGUAAUGAACUUAGCCAGCCUGUGGGCCAGGAACCUAGCCAGCCUUUGGGCCAUGAACCUAGUGAGCAUGUUAGGGAGCCUGUGGGCCAGCAACCUGUUGGAGAGCAGCAUGUGAUCCAAGAGCCUGUGGGCCAUGAACUUGGAGAGCAACCUGUGGGCCAUGAACUUGGAGAGCAACCUGUGGGCCAUGAACUUGGAGAGCAACCUGUGGGCCAUGAACUUGGAGAGCAACUUGUGGGCCAUGAACCUGGAGAGCAACCUGUGGGCCAUGAACCUGGAGAGCAGCCUGUGGGUCAUGAGCCUGUGGGUCAUGAGCCUGUGGGUCAAGAACGUAGUGAGCCUUUGGGCCAGCAACCUAUUGGAGAGCAGCCUGUGGGCCAGGAACUUAGCCAGCAGCCUGUUGGCGAGCCUGUGGGCCAAGAACCUAGUGAGCCUGUGGGCCAAGAACCCUGUGAGCCUGUGGGCCAGCAGCCUGUUGGCGAGCCUGUGGGCCAAGAACCUAGUGAGCAGCCUGUUGGUGAGCCUGUGGGUCAGGAACCUGGUGACUCUGUGGGCCAGGAACCUAGCAAGCAGACUUUUGGUCAGGAACCUAGUGAGCCUUUGGGCCAAGAAUCUAGUGAGAAUCUUGAAGAGCUUGUGGGCCAGGAACCAAGUGAGAUUUUGGGUAAUGAACUUAGGUUCCUGGGCCACAGGCUCACUAUCAAGCAGCCUGUCGGCCAGCAACCUGUUGGAGUGCAGCCUGUGGGCCAGGAACUUAGCCAGCAACCUGUUGGCGAGCCUUUGGGCCAAGAAUCUAGUGAGCAUGUUGGAGAGCCUGUGGGCCAAGAUCCUAGUGAGCCUGUGGGCCAGCAUCCUGUUGGAGAGCAGCCCGUGGGCCGUGACCCUGUGGGUCAGGAACCUAGUGAGCCUGUCGGAGAGCAGCCUGUGGGCCAGGAACUUAGGCAGCAGCCUUUUGGCGAGCCUAUGGGCAAAGAUCCUAGUGAGCAUGUUGGAGAGCAGUCUGUGGGCCAAGAACCUAGUGAGCAGCCUGUUGGCGAGCCAUUGGGUAAGGAACCUAGUGAGCAUGUUGGAGAGCAGCCUGUGGGCCAGGAACCAAGUAAGAUUUUGGGUAAUGAACUUAGCGAGCCUGUGGGCCAGGAACCUAGCGAGCAGCCUGUGGGUCAGGAACCUAGCCAGUCUGUGGCCCAAGAGUCUGUGGGCUAUGAACCUGGAGAGCAGCCUUUGAGCCAGCCUUUGGGGCAAGAACCAAGUGAGCAUGUUGGAGAGCCUGUGGGCCAGCAACCUGUUGGAGAGCAGCCUGUGGGCCAGCAACCUGUUGGAGAGCAGCCUGUGGUCCAAGAGUCUGUGGGCCAUGAACCUGGCGAGCCUUUAGGCCAAGAACCUAGUGAGCAUGUUGGAGAGCCUGUGGGCCAAGAUCCUAGUGAGCCCGUGGGCCGUGACCCUGUCGGUCAGGAACCUAGUGAGCCUGUGGGAGAGCAGCCUGUGGGCCAGGAACUUAGGCAGCAGCCUGUUGGCGAGUCUUUGGGCCAAGAACCUAGUGAGCAUGUUGGCAAACUUGUGGGCCAGGAACCACGUGAGCCUGUGGGCCAGCAACCUGUUGGAGAGCAGCCUGUGGUCCAAGAGUCUGUGGGCCAUGAUCCUGGAGAGCAACCUAUGGGCCAUGAGCCUGUGGGUCAAGAACCUAGUGAGCCUUUGGGCCAGCAACCUGUUGAAGAGCAGCCUGUGGGCCAGGAACUUAGCCAGCAGCCUGUUGGCGAUCCUUUGGUCCAGGAACCUAGCAAUCCUUUAGGCCAAGAGUCUAGUGAGCAUGGCGGAGAGCCUGUGGGCCAAGAUCCUAGUGAGCCUGUGGGCCAGCAUCCUGUUGGAGAGCAGCUUGUGGGCCAUGGCCAUGUGGGUCAAGAACGUAGUGAAGAUGUGGGCCAAGAACCUAGUGAGCAGCCUGUUGUCGAGCCUUUGGGUCAGGAAUCUAGCGAGCCUUUGGGCCAAGAACCUAGUGAGAUUUUGGUUAAUGAACUUAGCGAGCCUGUGGGCCAGGAACCUAGCGAGCCUGUGGGCCAAGAACCUAGUGAGCCUGUUGGAGCACAGCCUGUGGGCCAGCAACCUGUUGGAGAGCAGCCUGUGGGCCAUGAACCUGGCAGGCAGCUUGUGGGCCAGCAACCUUUUGGAGAGCAGCCUGUGGGCCAGGAACCUAGAGGAGAGUCUGUGGGCCAGGAACCUGUUGGUGUGUCUUUGGGCCAGAAACCUAACCAGGAUGAAGACCUUGAGCGCUCCCAGUCCAAUCAGACAUCUGAGAACCCUUUGACUUGGAGCUAUCCUGAAGUUGCAAAGCCUGAGCACAGGCCUACUGUGUCUGAGCGGCUGAAGCUGGUGGCGGCCAACAGUGUGUCGACUCAGUGUGGGGAGAGUGUGGUCCGGGUGCAGGUGAACCAGGACCUGCUGGGGAUUGGCCGGCUCAUACAGCCAGAGCGUAUCACUCUAGGAGGUUGUGCUGCCACUGAGGAGGACGCUGAAGCUCAUGUGAUCACCUUUGAAUCAGAGCUGCAUGGCUGUGGCAGUCAGCUGACGAUGACUGAGGAUGUGCUGAUCUACACCUUCACGCUUGUCUAUGAGCCAAAACCUUUUGCUAACACUUCUAUAGUGAAGACCAGUGCAGCUAUGGUUGAUAUUGAGUGCCACUACUUGAGGAAUCACGAUGUGAGCAGCAAUGUCCUGAAGCCAACCUGGAUCCCCAACAUUUCCAACAUGGUGGCAGAGGAACUCCUCUACUUCUCCCUGAGGUUAAUGACUGCUGACUGGCAGUUUGAGAGGCCCUCCAACCAUUACUAUCUUGGUGACAUCAUCAACAUGGAAGCCUCGGUCAUGCCGUACCACCACGUUCCCCUCCGUGUCUUUGUGGACCGCUGUGUCGCCACCUUGGCGCCUGAUGUCCACACUGUCCCUAGAUAUUCUUUCAUUGAGGACCAUGGGUGUCUGGUUGAUGCCAAGUUGACCGGCUCCAGCUCCCAGUUCCUGUCCAGAUCCCAGGAUGACAAGAUCCAGUUUCAGCUGGAGUCCUUCAGGUUCCAACCACAGAUUGAUUCCCAACAGCUCUACAUAACAUGUCAUCUGAAAGCAUCUGCAGCCUCUUCCCCCAUUGAUGCUGAGAACAAGGCCUGCUCUUUCACAGAUGGCUGGAAGGCUGCUGGUGGGGAUGACCUGGUUUGUGGCUGCUGUGACUCCAGCUGUGCUGUGAGCAGGGCUAGAGAUCUGGACAGUGAUUUAGAUAUGCAGAAGGAAGGUGAAGUUACCUUGGGCCCUAUCAUGGUCCAAGAGUAAUAUUACAAGAAUCUUGCCUAUUUUUAACUUUUUGAGGAGAAUAAAUCUAUGUUACAAUGUUCA